CACGAAGAUCGAACCAGCUGGUUGCYAUAGUAACGUACGAGUUUCCACAAGCAAAAGAGAAGGUUAAAACUUUGAUGUAAAUCGAGUGAAAAAGUCGCAAAAAAUAUGCCUCAGCAGGCUUUAAGACGACCCAAAUACUACACACCGAAUGAAGUAAACGUUCAUAAUACACUCAAGGACAUUUGGGUGUCGUUUAUGGGGAAGGUUUACGAUUUGACUGCUCUUUGCGAGAAUAAUGCUGGUAAUGUUCUUUUAAAGCCCAUCAUAGAAUCUGCAGGAAAGGACAUCACACAUUGGUUUGACAAAAAGGCCAAGGACAUAAGAACACAUAUAGAUCCUGUCACCAACUGCAGAAAUUACUACACCCCUCGCGGCAGGUUUAUCCAUAUACCACCUCCCUGCCCACGCACUGAUUGGGCAAAUGACUUUGGUCGCCCAUGGUGGAAAGAUGAUUCAUAUUGUAUCGGGCUGUUAUYGGCAAAAACAAGGAAAAUUAGAAUUAUCAAUAAUCUCACUUCACAAGAAAAAGUCAUUGAGGUUUGCUCUGAAGAAAUCCUAACAGAAAUCCAAGAUCGUUAUCUCAAUUACAAUGCACACGCAGCAAGUUAUACUUGGAAAUACAAAGGACAAAACUUGGAUAUGAAUAAAACAUUACACAACAAUGGUGUCACAGAUGAAAGUGAAGAAUUCUACAAACUYGGAAUGAACGAUGAACAAUUUCUUCCAGCGAUUCAUCUUUACUUCAACGACGACCUCACAGAGGCUUAAAUCGACAAAAAAGAAAUUGAAGAAUCGUUUGGUCUAUUGCCUUAAUUUAAUUAGUGGUACUAGGAAGAUUUGAAAACGGGUGAAGAGUUGUACAUAAUAAUCAUGCAUAUCCUUGUAUUUUUGUAAACACUGUCUACUCUGCAAUGAAUUAUAUAUUGUUUUUAUUAUUGCUGCUAUAUUGUGUAKAUUAUUAGUCAAAAUGGCAUGCAUCUCCACCAAUCCAAUGAGAGGAAUCAACGAUGUAUUACUAGGAAUUUAAUUUAUUUAGUGAAACCCUUGUAAGUACUGCAUUGUAUUGAAAAUACUACUUAAUGUAUGGAUUGCAA